AUGAUGGGUUAUGCACUGACAAGUCAUUUAAUUACCUCAAAUUAUGAAUUAAAAACUUUUGUAUUGCAAACAACUCAAUUUAGUGAUAAUCGUACAGCCGAUCGCAUAACACAAGCUCUUCAAGAUAUAUGUAUUGAAUGGGGUAUAUUAGAUAAAAUCAAAGAUUGGUUUGGUUGCGCGGAUCAUAAUAUUAAUUUGUGUGUGGUUGAUGCAUAUGAAUUAGAUGAUGUAAAAGAAGCAUUAGCAACUGCUAGAAAAUUAGUUUUAUUAGUCAAAAAUAGUCAUUUAGCUAAAGAAACUUUGAAUCAUUUUCAAAAACUAUUUAAUAUGAAAGAACGUCAGUUAAUUUAUGAUGUUGUAACACGUUGGAAUAGUACGUAUUAUAGGAUAGAAAGAUUAAUCGAAGAAAAGGACCCUAUAACAGCAUGUCUUCAAGAAAAAGAAUUUCAAAAAAGAUUAAUUAAAGCUAACGUACCAACGAGCAUUGAAUGGGAUUUGCAAGUGCAACUAAAGAGUACGUUAAAACCAUUUGAAACAGCUACACGUCAGUUAGCACUAGCAUCUUUACCAACAAUUUCUAAAAUAUUACCAGUUGUUACUGGUUGA